GGAGACACGGCAUUGACGGCAGCUGCACGACAAGGACACGUCCCAGUCGUAGAUCUGCUGCUCCAGAACGGCGCUGACCUUGAGGCGCGAAACAAUGAAGGUGCCACAGUGCUUUUGAGCUCAAUACCGGCUGCCCCUGAUGAAGUGACCAGGCUGCUGGUCGAACGUGGCGCGGAUCUUGGUCAAAACCUUGAUGUCAACGUGCAAGGAGUGCGUGGAGCCACGCCACUUUAUGUUGCGGUAGAGCACGACUAUGUGGAAUGCGUUGAGGUGUUGCUCGAAUAUGGCACUCGCACUGAUGUACGCGCUAGGAACGGUCUUACACCAGUCAGUCUC